CAAAGAAAACGUCAACAAUAGUCAACUUUCAAAUUUUGAUAAAUUUUAUAAAUAAAUAAAGAAAAUACGAAAACAUUAAAGAAAAAAAUGGAAACAGACAAUAGUGAAAAUACGGAAAAUCUUCUCCUUUACAAAUGCAGGUUGUGCCUCGACCCUACAUCAAAAAAAGUCGACAUAUUCAGACAUGAUUUCCCAAAAAUGAUUGAAAUAUUGUCUGGCUUGAAGCUAGAUCCCAAUGACAAUCUUCCCAAAGAAUCCUGUCUAGAAUGUGCGAGAGAUGUUAAAUUUUGCAUGGCAAUUAGAAAGCAAAUUCUACAUUCCCACAACAAGCUGAUUAAUGCGUUAAGGACCAAAGUCAUCUCAGAAACUAAUCAAUCUACUCAUGUAAAACUGGAAGAGAAACAUAUUACAAAAAGACAAACCAGAAAAAGAGAAAUGACGCCAGAAAGCACUAGCGAGGAAGAUAAUUAUUACAGUGAGAAUCAAGAGGAUGAAAACGCUGAAACUGAAGAAAACCAGGAAGUUGAAGAAAUAACUGAAGAACUCGAACACACUGAAGAACUAGAACAAAUAUCUGAAAAUGAGUUAAAGACUGAAGAUAAUAAUGCAAACGAUAACCCUAUAGAACCUCCUUCACUAUCCCCAAAACGACUAUUAAGAAAACGCAACAUGAUUGCAAUGAGCAGUAGAAUUCUAAAACAAGAAAACUCAAUGAGCGAUAGAAGAUAUCCCAGUGUUGUAUUUAUAAGAAAAUCAAUGAGAGACAAAUUAAAAAAACAAGAUUCAAAUGACAAAUCAAAAAGACAAACAGAAAAACUAGACGACACUAAAGUAAUCUGGAAAAACGGCAAAAAAUAUUUGGCUUGCGAAAUUUGCAAAAAAGAAGUCAAACAACAUUACAUGAAACAUCACAUGACCAUACAUUUUCCGGAACAUUUCAGCUGUGACGUGUGCGGCGUAAUGACCAGAAACCUGAGAGGCUUGAGGUACCACAAACUCUAUUGGCAUUCCUCAAAACUGGAUUACAUUUGCGACCAGUGCGGCAAAAAAUACAGAUCGAAACACGCUCUAGAUUUGCAUAAUAAGAAAGAGCACGGCGGAGUGAGGGAUUUAGAGUGCGACAUUUGUGGCAAGAAGUUUUUCCAAAAAAUGCACCUGAAAAGACACGUGGAUGGGAUUCACAAAAAACUCAGGCCGCAUAAGUGCGAAUACUGCGGCAAAGAUUUCACUAAAAGAACCCACUUGGUUACCCAUUGGCGGACGCACACCAAUGAAACGCCUUACGGUUGUGAUAUGUGCGGGGAGAGGUUCAAAUUGAAACUUUCUUUGAAAAAUCACAUGCGCAGAACGCACAAUGUUGAGGAGAAAGAGAGAGUGUUUUGCGACGUUUGCAAUAGAGGCUUUGCCACUGAACAAGGAUUGAGGGCUCAUAUAAAUUCCAGAGUACAUGAAGGAGAGAAAUGUCAGUUUUGCUCUGAGACCUUCACACCAGAGUUUUUGAAAGUGCAUAUGAGGGAUGUGCAUUUACGUGUAGAUUUUUAUUAAUAGUUUGUAGUUUAUAAUAGAUAUGAUGUAAAUAUUAUUAAUAUUUUAUAUUUUGUAAUUAUUAUUAAAUCAUAACAGUUAAAUAUUUUAUAUAUAUUUUGUGGGAGAAAGAUGUUUCCUUGGGGUUAUAAACAGCAGGGUUGUUGGUUGAAGGUCAAUAGAAAUUCAAUGCAUAUACAUAUUAAGUAUUAUAUAAUAAUCAUAAUGUAUGUAAUGAAUCUAUUGUCACUUAUCUGUGAAAUAGAAAUGGUACCGAAAUACAAUUUCUGCUUUGUGAAGUGAAAACUAUAUUUUACUUUCAUGGUAAAUGAGACAUUAUUUUUCCUCAAAAAUUGAAAUUACUGCCUAAUUUUCCACGAAAAAGAAACAAAUAUCCAAUUAGCUUGUCAUUUUGCAAAGUAAAUUUUUCUACUUUUCAAUUACCUGUCACAAAGCAAUGAUAUCUAUAUUAGCAUUGUAGAAAAUGUUUAACUCUCAAGACAAUAAGCGAAAUUAGGAAAAAAUUGGAGGGUUUUAUCAGGAAACAAAAUGUAUAACUUCAUUUCAAAACUUAUACUGCACCUUUUUAUUUAAGCUGCGUUAUUUAACAUGUUGUUGGCCCUGGAAAAAAAUUAUAAAAGACCCACUACCAACUCAAAUAUCAAUAGCUUGACAUGCUCUUGUUCCAUAAGAGUUUUCAGCUAUAAGAGCUAAACAACUCUAUGCUGUAAUGAGCAAGUAGGGGAUGAAAAAAGUAUCAUACAUAAAAAACUUGAAAUUUGACACCACUGCAAACAGUUGGAAUAGUAGCAUAAAUGAUUCAAUUAAAUAAUAAUGAUAAAACAUCGCUAGAUUUCUUCUUACAUUUAAAUAAAAAAAUUAACAAAUAAAACCUACCCAAUAAGUUUACAUAAUAUUAAAAUCAAAAUUAGACACAUCAUCAAACUGAUUAGGUUGUCCUUGUCCUUGUGGAUUGGGCAUUUGCUGCUGCCCCAUUUGACCUCGCCCAUUAUUGCCCAUCUGUUGC